CGGAGAUCCUCGCCAAGGUCAAAGGCUCUGAGAAGAAGGUAUAGAACGGCGGGGGCCCACGGCGGGGAGGCGUUUGAUAUCAGCCACAGGAUUUGGGGGCUCGAGAAGAACGAGUCGAAGACGAGAAAGAUUGAGAAGCAGCUGGCCAAGCAGCAAGAGACCAUGGAGCUUUCAAAAGAUGCUUCCACAUUACAUCACAAGACAGAAAAUAAGUGAUGAACGGUCUAACCCUAUGACAUCUCCAAGAUCAAAGAUUAAUGCCCCAGCUGAAAUAAAAGGUUGACGGCCAGUUUCUGUGCAUAUUAUGUUUUAUGAAAAAUAUUGCUCCCAAGGAUGCACAAAAGGCACUGGAAUGCGUACGAUGGUUGCACGUUUGUCCAUUAUGUGCUAUUUGGCCCCCUAGGAGUUGAUCGUCCAACUCUUGAAUUGUGCUUGAGAAACUAUAAUAAAAAUCUUGAAAAUUUUCAGUUUAAAGAUGCUAAAACUAGAAAAAAGAUGGAUUGCACAUUUGACCUGGAUUGGGUGCACAACCAUACUGGUUUUGUAACUGAUGGGGAAAUAAUACAUAGAAAUAGAGAUCCAAAUAACCGUAUUUGGAAGAUGAACUUCGCUAAUAAGCAGGCUGCUGGAAAAAAUGGCCGAAGGUAUGUCGACGGGCUUCUAGAAAUGCUUGUGGAUUCAAAGUCGCAUAAGGAUGUUGAGGACUUUGUUCUGCUACAAAUUUUGUAUCAGUGCUCAAUGAUAUGGUGCCCUAGUAGUGUGCAAGGCGUUCCUAGGCAUUUAUUCAAGUAUGUUGGCAGCAUCAAAAGAGUGAAGAGUGUUGCGUGGGGAAGGUUCAUUUUUUCUGAAAUCAAGGAAGGCAUUGAUAUUGCUCUGGUUGGAUUGAAAGAACCAGGAGUUACAUAUGUGCCUGGAUGUAUGCCACUCAUUCCUCUUUGGUACUAUGAGAUGACCGGCAUAAAGAAGUAUGCCAUUAGCAAUAGCAAGAAGCCUCCGCUUACGAAUUGGGUUUUGAUGGGUGAGAAGUCUGGAUCUCUCAGAACGAAGACUAUUAUUUCGAAGGCAGAGAAAGCCGGCAUAGUAUUUGUAGAAAAACCAAUAGCUAAAGCUGGUACUUUGAAAGAGAAAUACCCAUUGACGAAAGAUGACGUUUCCCACCGUAAGAGAAAAACAAACACAGAACUCUUCGUGAGGAAGGACAAUGCGCAAUCUCCAACCAAAAAAGCUGGUGAAAGCAUGACCGAUAGAAGAGCAAAGUCAGAGGAUAAAGGGGAAAAAGACGCGAUUAGCUCUAUUGUUGCAAAGAUCGAGGAGGCUAUUUCAAGGGAAGAUGAGAUAGAGAAAUUACCCAUUGAAGAGCAGCUUGUUUUUUGGAGGAAUGCUGCUAAGAUCAAUCAAAGAAUAUUUGAAGUCACGAUGAGGGAGACGACAUUACUCUACGAUGCCUAUGGGAAAGAAGUACACAAUCUUAACAAGAGAUUGAAGGUUUUUUAUGCCAAAUCUGAUGUUAUCGCACCGGAAGAUAUAAAGGAGAAAAUCAAUAAUAAAAUUGCAAGAAAGCAAGGAGGUCCCAACCUAGUUCUGGUCAACUCACAUCGCAGCACACUCAACAAUGGAAUGCUAGGGGACCCCGAGCUCCAGUUGCUGCAUCAUUUCCUGCACCUCUUUUGUAAAUAUAUUGUAUCUAUAUGCACCACCUCCUAUGUUCCAAUAUCGACCGCCUUACCUGGUGAAAUACCCCUUUAACCCUAGGUAUCAUCCUAUUGUUCGAGACUCACAAUCCUCACGAUAUUAUGCUCAGUUGGCAGUCUUCUGGAAAUUUUGGAUGGUUUGUAGCUCA